AUGGCUUCCUCGUCGUCACUUCUAGAGCUGCCAACAGAUUUUCGUGGUGAUCAUCACCAUCAUCAGCUGCCUUCCGUGGUAAGCGUCCAGGAGCUAGCAAAACGGCCGCUCACCACAAUCCCAACGCCUUUUGUGAGCUUCGACCAAGAGAUUUCAGAAGAAACCCUCCACCAGCCGUACGUCGAGGCUCCCAUUCUUGACCUCCAACUGUUGACUGCCGAUCAUGAGACAUCAAGUUUGGAGCUUGGCAAGCUUCACUCUUAUUGCCAGGAAUGGGGCAUCUUUCAGCUGGUGAAUCAUGGAGUGGACAAAUCUGUGAUGGAGAAGCUGAGACAUGAGGUUGAAGCGUUCUACAAGCUCCCCGUGGAGGAGAAGUUGAGGUACAAAGAACAGCCGGGGGACUACGAAGGGUACGGUGGAACCGGGAGGUUGAAAGGAAGGCUGGAAUGGGGGGACAGGUUCUACAUGAACACCAACCCUAUCCACAGAAGAAAGCCUCACCUCUUCCCACAGCUCCCUUCAUCCUUCAGAGAAAGUUUGGAGGUGUAUCUAGAAGAAGUGCAAAAACUGGCGAUGAAGCUGAUGGUGUUGAUGGCGAAAGCGCUUAAGACGGAGGCAAAGAAGGUUGAGGAGAUGAUGGACGACGGGAUGCAGUCGGUGAGAAUAACCUACUAUCCGCCGUGCCCGCGGCCGGAGCUAGUCGUCGGAAUCACGCCUCACUCCGACGCCUCCGGCAUCACCAUCCUCAACCAAGUCAACGGGGUUGACGGCCUCAAGAUUGUCAAGGACGGGGCUUGGCUUCCAUUGACUUUCCUCCCACAUGCGCUUGUUGUCAAUGUUGGAGACAUUCUCGAGGUUCUUAGUAACGGAUUGUACAAGAGCGUGGAGCAUAGCGUGGCGGUGAACUCGGAGAAAGAAAGGAUAGCGGUGGGAUUCUUCUUCAACCCUAGGUUUGAUGCAGAGGUUGGGCCGGCGACGGAUAUUGUUGGCCCGGAGAACCCAGCAAAGUUCAAGAGGAAGGGAAUGGAACAGUAUGUGAAGGAUUAUUUCGCCAUGAAGAUGGAGGGGAGGUCAAACUUGGAACAUAUGAAGAUCGACAACGAUGGAUGCCGCCAAUAA